CAGUGAUGCUAAUGCUAACUAGCCUUCAGCCUGUGCGAAAUGAUUUCAUACGAGGAGCCGCUAUUUUUACACCAAACGCAAUCACUACAGACUGCCUCGUCAUGUCACGAAGCUAGCUAACUUAUAACCCCAUUUCUUAUCUCUCAGUGCUACAUUUCAAUCCUGUGUGGUACCAUGAUGCAGAUGAGUGUGCGGCGCUGGACCACCAAACAUGUGGCCAAAUGGCUGAAGGACGAGGGCUUCUGCGACUACGUGGACCUCCUGUGUAAUCGGCACAGACUGGACGGGACCAGCCUCUUGGCCCUGAGCGAGUACGACCUGCGCUCACCCCCGCUGGAGCUCAAAGUUCUGGGGGACAUUAAACGCCUCAUGGUCUCCAUCCGAAAACUACAGAAACAAAACCUGGACGUUCUAGAAGAGUUGGGGCUGCCCUUUGACGGACACUCGCCCACAGGUCCUGGUUUGGAGUGGCUGUGUAACGGAGAAGGGGUGCGGGACUGCGACAGCACGGACACAGCGCCGGUCGGAGAGGAGUAUCACACGAAUCAAUACACCAACGGGAAGUACAAGAGCGCCCCCCGCAGGCUGGACCCGGAGUAUUGGAAGACCGCCCUGAGCUCCAUCUACGUGGUGUUUGUUUUCGGCUUCACCUCCUUCGUCAUGGUGAUCGUUCACGAGAGGGUCCCCGACAUGCGAACCUACCCCCCACUGCCAGACAUAUUCCUCGAUAGUGUGCCUCGUAUCCCAUGGGCCUUUGCGAUGGCUGAAGCCUGUGGAGUCAUUCUGUGUAACAUCUGGGUGUUGGUUCUGCUGCUUCACAAACACAGGUCCAUUUUACUGCGGCGCCUGUGCAGUCUGAUGGGGACCGUCUUUAUGCUGCGCUGUGUCACCAUGUUCGUCACCUCCCUCUCCGUCCCUGGACAACAUCUGCAGUGCUCCAGCAAGAUGUACGGGGAUAUGUGGGCCAAACUGCAGAGGGCAGUAGCGAUCUGGAGCGGCUUCGGGAUGACGCUGACCGGCGUUCACACCUGUGGAGAUUACAUGUUCAGCGGACACACUGUGGUCAUCACCAUGUUAAACUUCUUCGUCACAGAAUACACUCCUCGGAACUGGCACUUCCUGCACACUCUGUCGUGGGUUCUGAACCUGUUUGGGAUCUUCUUCAUUUUGGCGGCUCACGAACACUACUCCAUCGACGUCUUCAUCGCAUUCUACAUCACCACCAGACUCUUCCUGUACUACCACACGCUCGCCAACACGAGGGCCUACCAGCAGAGCCGCCGCGCCCGCAUCUGGUUCCCCAUGUUCUCCUUCUUCGAGUCGAACGUGAACGGGCCGGUGCCAAAUGAGUACUGCUGGCCCCUCUCCAGACCCACUAUAAUGCGUCGGCUCAUAGGGUAAAUACAUAGUGUUUUUAUUAUGGGCAAAGACUCACUGGUUUUACAUGUGCAGUGGUAGUCAAUGUUACACUGGGAAAACAAAUGUCCUAAAGGCGCGCUGUGUAACAUUUCUGGUGACGGGUGUCCAUGGAGAUGUCGAUGUUUUGUUUGGAAUGUCCCACAGUAUGGCAUUAAACUUAUUUAGCUUGUGUUUAUUCAAUUACAGGUGUUUUAAUCACAAAAAAUGUCUUACUAUGAGCUUGCUCGCCUUUCCAGUUUUGACUUCUAACUGUCUCCAUGGAGAUAGACAAGUUUUAUGCCAUACUGUGAAACAUUUCAAAGCAAUGUCGGUGUAAUCCCUCAGUCGUCCAGGUCUGAUCCAUAGCAAAAGAUAAAGUUUAAAUCUGUCAACUGGACUUGGAUGAGCAGCGAAACGUCUUCACUCCUACAACGAUUUGUCCAGUUGACAGAUUUAAACUUUGUCUUUUGCUAUUCCAAAGCAAUAAUAUCUCCAUGGAGAGACUCAGGUGGUGUAUCCUCAACUAGAAAUGUUACAUAGUGAACCUUUAAAUGAGCUAAAUGGCUUGAAUUAAGAAUUUUGAAUCUGAAGUUGAUAUAGAUGUACGAGUCACUUAUUAUUAGUUUUACAUAUUUUUAAAUGGAAUAUGAUUUUUUUUAAUGAGAAAUAUAUUGUUAUUGUUUCACAUUUUAAGUAGAAUACGACUCGAUUUGACAAUUGAGUCAUAAUAAAUUUGACAAUUUAUUUCUUUAAAAACUGACUCAAACCAAGAUCCGUAAACACUCUUAAUUCAUGCAGUUUAAACUUAUUUAAGAUGGACAUUUUAGGGAUGCAUUUGUCUUAAGCUCUUGGAAUGUUCAAGAGGUUUAAAUUGGUUUUGUUCAUAAUAAUGUUUAAAUACACCAGCCCUCUAUAAGCCAUGACUACAAAAUAUUUAACCUAUGUAUCGUAGAUUUCUUUUUUUUUUUUUUUUUGGUGAAAGUUGAUAUAGAGCUAGUAUGUUUUCUGUUAUACGAGUUGUACCACCAAACUGUGUGGUAAGAUGUCUAAACUUUGACCUCCACCUUCUUUUUGCAUCAGUUAAAUAUAUGUUUUUGUAAUUAUCAACGAGAAUUCCUUAACUUUUUUUUCUCUGAAUUUUACAUGUUUUUUAAAUAUUUAUUUCAUUUAUCAAGACCAAUUGAAACCUCUUAAAAAUUCUAGACGUUCAUUUGUCAAUAACUAUUUUUCUCAAGUUGCCAUUGGGACUUUGAAGCAAUUCCCAAAUCUAGAGCCAUAGCAAUUAUGAAGCCCGCUAACUGUUAUUAUUACUAUUAUUAUAUUUUGUUUUCAAAAUAACUGCAGGACUUUUCAUAAUAAACAAUAACUGAUUAGACCACCGCUGAGGCAUUAAUCCUAUCUCGCAAUCAUAAUAACAAUGGUGCCCAGACCGAUACUUCUAGUGACCCCUAUAGGUAGAGUUAAUAUUUCUAGCCUUGUAAAAAAAAAGUAUGCCGUUUGGUAACAUUUUGUAGUAAGAUUACAAUGAAUAUAGCCCAUUUAUCGCCUACGGUAGCCUUGCUGGGACAUGUGCGUCAAUGUUAAAGAACCAGUAAUAUGAAAAAAUAUGUAGAAAAACGUAUUAUUAAAAGGUCUAUGUUAAAGCUGCGCUAUGUAACUUUUCUGGUGGACCUGCUUGUCUCCAUGGAGAUGUUAUUGCUUUGCCUGAAAUGCUCCACAAAAUGGCAUUAAAUGAAAACAUAAUUUAUCUUCAUGUAAACAAGCCGAUGAUACCACUAGGCCGAGUUACAGGUCAGAUCUGUGGAGAGGUGAACCUGCUUUAGAUGUUUUUCAAGGUAUUUUUGGCCUAUAAAAAUGUCAUACUGUAGAACGUUCCAGGCUAAGUAAUAAUAUCUCCAUGGAGACAGGCAAGUGCCACCACCCCCACUAUAAAAGUUACAUACUGUAGUUUGUCUUUAAUUUAAUUUUCAGCCCAUUAUUGUACAGAACUCCUUAAAAAGUGACCAAUUAUAGUGUAUACUGCCUUUUUAUUUUAUUUUGUUUUGAGAAAACAGAAAUGGCCAUAACGCAGUUUCUCAUCCCGUAGAUAAUACACCGAUCAGCCAUAACAUUAUGACCACUGUUCAAAGUAAAAAAAAAUGAUAGAAGAUUCAUUUUUGGAUAGAAAAGUGAGUUGGAUCAUUUCCAAAACUGCAGCAGAGGUGCGUUAGCUGAACUAAACCAGAACUAAACCAGGUCUAAACCAAAGCUCUUUUGAUGUGUAUUCCUGGUUUAGAAAUGUUUUUUGACCUGGUUUAGACCUGGUUUAGACUUGCUAUAUUCCUGGUUUGGUCCUGGUUUAAACCUGGUUUAUUUCUUGUUUAGUCCUGGGGUAGAACUGCUUUUGGACCUGGUUUAGACCUGGUUUAGUCCUAGUUUGGACCUGGUUUAGUUCAGGUUUAUUCCUGGUUUAGAAAUGUUUUUACUUGGUUUAGACCCAUUUUUGACUGGUUUGACUUGCUUUAGUCUUUGUUUAGACCUGAUUUAUUCCUGGUUUAAAUCUGUUUUUGACCUGGUUUGUCCUGGUUUAGUCCUGGAUUAGUCCUGGGUUAGUACUGGUUAUGUCCUGAUGUAAUAUCAUCUUGGUGAUCAUGAUGCUCUGUUUGAUUUGUAUAGACAGAAAAGAUGUCCUUGUUUCAAACUGUGAAUGGUUGUCAUAGUAACCAUAGCAUUUCAGCAGUUGUGAGCCAAAUCGUGUAAACAUUUGUCUCAUAGAUGAAAACUUGCCAAUAAUUCUUUGAGUGUUAUAAUUGCUUUUUCGUGUCUAAAAUAUUUUAGUUUUUUGGUAGACGUCUAGUGUUUUUAUAUGCUACGGAGCAGUGUAAAUAUCAAUGAAAGUAGUGGCCAAGUUCCUUAAAUUUCUAUGUAUGUUUGUAUUAAUUUAUUCUUUUUUUGUAAGCAUUCAUAGUUUUUUAUACAUAUUACCAAGUCUAAGCAACAUGCACAGAAAAAAAUAUGUUUACAGUUGCUCUGGGUGAUAAAUUUGCUUUUCGUAAUUUUGAUUUAAGAUUUCAAAAAAGUGAAAUUAUGUUUUCAUAGCUUUUAAGCUGUAUCAACUUAUACUUUGACUGGUGCAGUGCAGUAGUGCU